AUGGUGAAAACGAUGAUAGAGAACAACGUGAAGGAUGAUGGAAGAGAGCUUGAAUUGUUGCUCAAUGAGAUCCCGAGGGUAACACCAUCAUCAUCUGAUGACGAUGCUGAUUUUGUUAAUCCUUAUCAAAAUCUUGAUCAUGAUUACGAUCACGAUCUUGCAUCAUCAUUUGUAAUGAAACAGAAUCAGGGAAACUAUGGUAAUGGUAAUGGUAAUGGUAAUGGUAAUGGUAAUGGCAAUGGUAAUGGUGGUAGGGGUUAUGAUGAAGAGGCAUUGAAAUCACCUGUAACUGUCAGUGGUUUUUCAAUGCAAUCUGAAAACGGUUCUUCUUCUAGCUUUUUUUCUGAUUAUGGAACACCAACACCACCUCUAAUGGAGGAUCAUCCUAAAUCAACCACCACUGCAAUCGGAGCCGGAGCCAGAACCUUCUUUAACUCUAAUUAUCCUGAUUUCACCCGGGGCACUGAUAGGUUUGUUGAUUUAUGUAGCAAUUUCAGUAGAAUGUACACUAGUAAUCAACAAGAUAACCCUAGUGUAGAUUAUAAUAGUUCUAGGAAUGGUUUCUUGGAUUCUGAUUCUGUGAGAUUUCAAUCCCCUCGCUUGAAUAACCCUAUCAGUCAUCGCCGACCUGAAAUGCAAUCUGCAUUUACACCAGAUUACAGAGUGGCUGGUUCAUCUGGAUCAUCACGUUCAGGGCUACGCGAUCGGGACACUAUGUACUCUCAAUGGAAUGGCUUUGGUAAUUCAGUGGAUUCUGCACUAACACGAGAUCACGGGGUGGCUAAUUCAUUUGGAUCAUCACAGUAUUGUUUGGAGCAACGCGAGCGCGGCAGUAUACACUCUCAAUUGAAUGGUUUUGGUAGUUCAGUGGAUUCUGAUUCUGCUAGGUUUCAAUCACCUUUCUUGAAUAACCCUAUCAGCCAUCGUCGAGCUGAAACGAAUUCAGCAUUUGCUCGAGAUUACGGAGUAGCUAAUUCAUUUGGAUCAUCACAGUCUUAUUCUGCUCCAGAUUAUGGAGGAGCUAAUUCAUUUGGAUCAUCACAGUCUUAUUCUGGGCGAGAUUACAGAUUAGCUAAUUCAUUUGGAUCAUCACGGUCUUAUUCGGGGCAAUGUCAGCGUGACACUAUGUACUCUCAAUGGAAUGACUUUGGUGCUUCAAGUUCAAUGGGCUCCUCUUACAACAGAAGCCAGCAGCAUUAUAGAGGAACUCUUAGACACGAGACUGUUGCACCACACUUUACUAAAAGAAAUUCAGCUGUUCAUGCUUCACUUCAUGUUCAUGCUCCACUUCAUUCACAAAACUAUGGAAUGAAUUUCUCGCAGGAACCUGGAACAUCGAGACUGCCUUUUCAUUCCCUUAGUACUAAUUCUAGGCCUAGUGCUAGAGUUAUGCCACCUUCAAAUGCCACAAGAAUGCCACAAGGAAAUAUAGAUAUAGAUGCUGUUAGAAGGGAGGGGAGCUACAUCUUACAGGGUGAUGAGGGAUUAAGUUAUGCUGGUGCUGGGAGUUUGGAUCGAUCUUGGUGUCAAAAUGCCACGCAUGAAUUUGGCUUUCCUAAGCAUCUAUAUAAGUCAGAACUAGACAUUCAGCCGCCGGUUAUGGGAACUUGUGAAACUCCUAGGAGUUCUAGGAUUGCUCCAUUCGCCUUGCCACCUAAUUAUAAUUCUCUUUCGGAAGCUCGAGGCGUCAUAUAUUUAAUGACCCAGGAUCAAAAUGGCUGCAGGUACCUGCAAAGAAUGUUUGAAGAGGGGAGAAUGGAGGAUGUUCAAGUCAUAUUUGACGAGAUCAUUGGUCAUAUGGUCGAACUUAUGACGAGUCCUUUUGGAAAUUAUCUUAUACAGAAGUUGUUAGAUGUCUGUAGUGAAGAGCAAAGGAUGAAGAUUAUCCUCAUGGUGAUCCAGGAGCCGGGGCAGCUUGUUGAAAUCUCGCUAAAUGCUCACGGCACCCGUGUUGUUCAGAAGCUGAUUGAGACUCUCAAAACCGGGCAACAAAUUUCAUUAGUUGUGUCGGCUCUUGAACCGGGAUCUUUGACUCUCAUAAAAGACCUUCAUGGUAAUCAUGUGGUUCAACAUUGUUUGGAAUGCCUGAGCAAUGAAGAUAACAAGUUUAUCUAUGUUGCUGCUGUCAAGUAUUGCGUGGAGAUUGCAACUCAUCAACACGGAUGUUGUGUUCUACAAAAAUGCAUUCGUUAUUCAAGCGGGGAGCGUAGAGAAAUGCUUGCUGCAGAAAUAUUUGCUAAUGCUCUUUUGCUAGCUCAAGAUAAAUACGGAAACUAUGUUGUUCAAUGCACCUUGGACUUACAAAUUCCAUCUGCGGCCACAACUUUGACUCUGCAAUUUGAAGGUAGUUAUGCGCAUAUGUCAAUGCAGAGGUACAGUAGUCAUGUGGUUGAAAAAUGUCUUGAAGUAUUCGAUGAUGAGCAUCGGGACAAAAUCAUUCAUGAACUGCUUUCUGAUCCUCACUUUGACCAAUUGCUUCAAGAUCCACAAGCAAAUUAUGUCAUUCAGAAGGCUCUUCGGUGUUCUGAGGGCCAUGUGCAUAAUUCUCUGGUUGAAACAAUCGAGUCCUACAAAACAAUUUGUCGAAAUAGCCCGUAUUCGAAGAAGAUUUUCUCCCAGAAGCUUUUGAAGAAAUAA